AUGUGACCAAACCUACAAGGGAACGUGCUGUCUUGGGUCUGGUCCUGUGCAGUGAGAUAGGUAAAAUUAGUGAUCUUGUAGUUAGGGAUCCUCUUGGAAAGAGUAAUCAGUUUGAUCGAGUUUCUCAUAUAAAUGGAGGGUGCAAUAGUUCGAUCUAAAAUCAGUGUGUAAUGCCUAAACAAGGGAGACUACAAUGGGAUGAGGAAGUUUGGGAACACAGGCUAUAUGGUGGGAUAAUUGAGGAAUAGUGGAAGACUUUCAAAGAGAUUUUUCACGGUACUCAACAAAAGUAUAUUCCAGUUAAAAGCAAAGACGGUAGGGGUGGGGGAGCCAGCCUUGGAUAACUAAGGAAAUAAAAGGCAUCAAACUAAAAGCUUGAGCAUACAAAGCUGCCAAGAGUAGUGGGAAACUGGAAGAUUAGGAAAACUUUGAAAAGCAACGAAGAACCACUAAGUGAGCAAUAAAUAAAGGGAAGCUAGAUUAUGAACAUAAGCUAGCACAGAAUAUAAAAACGGAUAGUAAAAUUUUUAUAAUUAUAUAAUGCAGAAAAGAGUGGCUGAAGUGAAUGUAGGUCCCUUGGAGGACGAGAAGGGGGAAUUUAUAUUGGGUAAUGACGAAAUGGCAGAGGCUUUGAAUGACUAUAUUGUUUUGGUCUUCACGAUGGAGGACAUGUCCACAUGCCAAAGAGAGAUGUCAUGGACGUGAUGGGAGUUUAAGCCCCUGAUCCUGGGCAGCGUGGACCCCCGCAGUGAAAUGGCCAAUUACCGGAGAGUGGUCAACAGCCAGAAGUGCGUGCGCGCGGGCGGUAAGCACAAUGACCUGGAGGACGUGGGUCGUGAUCUCUACCACCACACCUUCUUCGAGAUGCUCGGCAACUGGUCCUUCGGUGACUUCUUCAAGGAGGAGGCGUGUUCCAUGGCCUGGGAGCUGCUGACGGAGGUGUAUGGGAUCCCCCCGGACAGACUGUACGUCACCUACUUUGGGGGAGACUCCGCUGCUGGGCUGGAGGCUGAUGAGGAGACGCGGGAUGUCUGGCUCAGCCUGGGCCUGCCCCCAGACCGGGUACUGCCCUUUGGACUGAGCAGCAACUUCUGGGAGAUGGGGGAGACGGGCCCCUGCGGACCCUGCUCCGAGAUCCACUACGACCAUGGGCUGGGGCCGGGGGCUGCAGCCCAGGUCAACAGCGGCAACCCUGCAGUGGUCGAGCUCUGGAACCUGGUCUUCAUGCAGUACCACAGGGAAUCAGACUCCAGCCUGCAGCCUCUGCCCCGACACAGUGUCGACACUGGGAUGGGCCUUGAGCGACUGGCUGCGGUUCUGCAGGGUUCGACUUCCAACUACGACACCGACCUCUUCACCCCCAUUUUGGAUGCCAUUCACCGGGAGUCGGGUGCUCCUCGCUACAGCGGGCUGGUGGGGUGCAGUGAGGCCGCCUCCGUGGACACAGCGUACCGUGUGCUGGCUGACCAUGUCCGAGCUCUCACUGUCUGCAUCGCUGAUGGGCUGUACCCGGGAAUGUCCGGCGCACCGUUAGUUCUGCGACGGAUCCUUCGCCGGGCACUGAGAUUCUCCACCGAGGUCUUGCAAGCCCCAGCUGGACUCCUGACAGCCCUGGUUCCCACCGUUGUGGAGACUCUGGGAGACGCCUACCCAGAACUGAAGCAGGAUGUGAGCCAGAUCAUGGACAUCAUUAGUGAGGGGGAGGCCGCGUUCCUGUCCUCCCUGCGCCAGGGCCGACGGGUCAUUAACAGAACUCUGGGGAAGAUGGCUGCGGGGCAGACUUUCCCAGCGGACGUGGCCUGGUCACUCUAUCGCAACUUGGGCUUUCCCCUCGACCUGAUCAGCCUGAUGCUGGAGGAGAAGGCCGUCUCCAUGGAUACCGAGGGCCUGGAACGCUUGGCCCAAGAGGAAGCAGAGCGAUCCCAAGGAGCCCCGGUGACUGUCACGGAGACUGAGGCAGCCCUGGACCCCCGCACCCUCCAGGAGCUUCACCAGACUGGGGUCCCCUGCACCGACGAUUCCCCCAAAUACUCCUACAGCAUCGAUCACCACGGCAGAUACGUGUUUCCGCGAUGCCAGGCAGUUGUCCUGGCCCUGAGCCUUGGCCGUGGCCUGGUCCAGGAGGUGGGGGCUGGACAGCGGUGUCAGGUCUUCUUGGACAGAACCAACUUCUAUAGCGAACAGGGUGGUCAGAGCCCCGACCAGGGCUUUGUGGUGAGAGAAGGGCAGCAGGAUGAGGUGCUCCCAGUCCUGGAUGUGCAGGUAGUUGGGGGAUUUGUUGUCCACGUGGUCUCUGUCCCGGAGUCGCUGCGUGUUGGUGACCGGCUGGAGCUGUUUGUGAAUGAGGCCCAGCGUGUUGGCUGCAUGGUGAAGCACACAGCCACCCACUUGUUGAACGCGGCCCUGCACCGGGUACUGGGAGCACAGACUGAGCAGCGAGGUUCACACAUCACCGCCGAUAGGCUGAGGCUCGACAUCAGUGUCAAGAGACCAAUCACGGACUCCCAGCUGGGGGAGCUGGAGGCCAUGUUGCAGGAGCUGAUCCAGAGGGAUGAGGAAGUCUUCACUGCCAAACUGCCUUUGAGCCGGGCCCUGGGCAUCCAGGGGCUGCGUACCAUUGAUGAGAUUUACCCGGACCCUGUGCGAGUUGUCUCCAUUGGAAUCCCUGUAGAACAGUUGCAGACCUCAGACAACACCCACUCUGUGGAGCUCUGCUGUGGAACACACUUGUUACGGACGGGACUGAUUCAGGACCUGGCUAUUGUCUCUGAGAGGCAGCUGGGAAAGGGAGUCAGCCGACUGAUCGCUGUGACGGGGCAGGAAGCCAAGCAGGCUCGAGUGAUGAGCAGUGCCCUGUUCGAGGAGGUGGACUCCCUGUCGGCACAGGCACAAGGCAUCCCCAAAUCACUGGGGGAUGCCCGCAGGCUUGGCAAGGACAUCGGCCGGCUGACUGAUGUGGUGGAUGGAGCAAUGCUCCCACAGAGGGAACGCCGGCAGCUCCAGCACCGGCUCCGUGCCCUGCAGCGAGCCGCCAACACCCGCACUCGCAAGCUGGAGGAGCAAGAGGCCGCUGACCAUCUCCGCGUUGUCCUGGCACAGUCACGAGACCAGACGUUGGUUGUGGAUACCGUACCAGAACAGCCCAUCACUGUCCUGGGGAAGAUGGUGAAGCUUCUAUCCAUCCAGUGUCCAAGCUGCUCUGUAAUGUUACUGAGCCCCCAUCCUGGGGGCAAGGUUCUGUGUGUGUGUCGGGUUCCCCAGGACAUGUGGAGCAGUCUGUCUGCGGUGGACUGGGCCCUGGCUGUCUGUGCAGGCAUGGGCGGGAGUGCUGGAGGCUCUGACCUUAUCGCCAAGGGAACCGGGAAUAGUUCUGACUUGGAGGAAGUCCGCAGAAGGGCUGAGCAGUAUGCCAGAAGUAGAAUGUAAACAUCAGAGAUCUGUUGGCAAGGAGGAUCCGUCCCUCUAUCACUCCGCCAUCUCAAUGCAUUGUAUCAUCCUGUCCCAGCUGUGGUUCUGACAAGGGGAUUUUUCUCCUCUGCAUCCUGCUACCACGAGUGGACAGGUAGCUGCUUUGUAGGGUGUGGGUCAUUCCAACAAGUGACUGAGUAGGUCCCCUGUAGUGGGAGACAAGUUCCCCUGGGGUGGAAUUGACAAUUAGACCCAGCUGGAUAUGUACAUGAGAUUAAGGAUUCUUUCGAUUAGAACCAGGAUUGACAUCAGGACUUGGCCAUCCCCUGGCAGUUAAAUGCUCGGGACACUGGAAGAGCAGAACAUCCAGGCUCUCAUUGCCUGGACCUCCUCCUGAACUAUUCCAGCCAUGCAUGCCGCGUGCCCAGUUCUCAAUGUCCUGCCCAGCCAUCAUGGACAUUGAACCAAGGCUGCCUACUCCUCGUGUAGAGGUCCCAUCAAUCGCUGGUUCAUUCUGAUGUCUGUAUCCAGGGGUGGUGAUGUGGGUUGAAAGACCAGUAUUUUGAGAUACCAGGAGUAGGGAUGGCAGAGGACUGUGAUGUUUUCUGUUGUACAAAUUAAAAAGUUUUUUGUGAAAA